GACAGCUCGGACUAUGUUGGCACUGACUCAAAAUUAAAAUUUUGGUUGCUGUGAUUAUGGCACAUCUGUAGGUUAUAAGACGGAGUCCGCUGAAAAGAGGCACAUGCAUGUCUCUUCAAUGAAGGCAACAAUUGACAAGGUUAGAGGAUCAUUGUUUUGUUCUGUCGGGAUCAAAGUUGGAGUUCCUUGACCGGAGGGGUCCCUGAAUUAUCAAAAGAAAUCGAUAAAGGUAAUUUCUAGUUACAUCUAGUUACUGGGAGAUUGAUCCAGAUAAAUUUGUUUGCAGCCAUGCUUGGUCUACCGAGAAUCACGAAUGUCAGUAAACCGGCGCCGCUCAGGAAAGGACAGAACGUGAACCUUACAUGUAUUGCCCAAAGCUUGUCUCCUGUUCAAGUCAUGUGGAAAAGAAAUGACAAAGUAUUAGUCAGCGGUACUUCUCAAGCCAUACUGACCUUAAGAAAUAUUACAGCUGAGGACUGCGGCGAUUAUGUUUCUGUCGCUAAAAACACCGCCGGAGAAGAUACUAGGACUGUUAUCCUACUAGUACUUCCGGAAAGCCCAACUAUACUGAAUUCAGACAAAAUAGUGACCAGUCCCAACUGGACGCUACGAUGGUCAGCAGUUGAAAGUGAAGGAGAGCUGCAGAUGACGUAUACAGUUUGGCAAAAACGUGAUAGUGAAGAAUCAUGGCAACUGGAAAAUGUUACAAGAAACAUAUUUCACUUUGGACUUGAGGAUAAUACAUCUUACUCGUUCGUGGUGAAAGCUUGGAACAAAUGUGGAGACAGUAUGUUGGACAGAGACAAAAUGCUGAACAUAUCCACCGACUUUGAAAACAAAGUUUCACAAGGAUAUCACGUCAUAUCUCGCGAAACAGUUCCAACAGAAAACAUGGUUCCGACAGAGACUGAGACUACACUGACUCCAUUCUCCAGCAGCGGACAAAUAGACGUCGAUUCCUCGUGGAAAAUUGAAUUCAUCAUUUUAAUAGUAGUGGGCAUCAUAAUUUUAAUGUUAAUUGCAAUUGUGGCUCUGCGGAAAAAAAUUAUCCAAGACAAAGAAGAUGGUCAAAGACCCCAAGAUUUGUGGAACGGAGGGUAGGUAUUCAGUGGCGAAUUAAUCUUUACGAGGCAUUAUUUCAAUAUCUUUCUGUCUCCUAUCAACGGGAAACUGAAGAAAUUUAAUCAUAUUUAAUCAUAUGAUAUUCAGCUUUUUUUAA